CGCUUGUGCUUUGUUUACUCAUAUCAGCUGAUUUGCAGUAGCCAAGAGAAGUUAUGCAACCAAAGUUAUUUAUGUUGUCGGACGAACAGCACUUUUUUCGCCCUCAGAUGUAUUUCGUGUAAUACAUUGCUUCAUUUUUUAACGUUAAAUGCAUUAAAAAAUGUUAAUUGGUUUGUUGUGUAACAAAACUAAAAAAGUUUGUCAGCAUUCGCAAUGGCCUUGACGUCAUAGUUUACUACAGCUGUCAGGACUGACGCAGUGGAGUGGAAUGUAGCUUUAUGGAAGUUGUCAAAAUACAACAGAUUUGUACAAUGUCUGCGGAAUCUCCUCGUAAAUCCGUAAACCCAGCUGGAAAUGUCGUCUUGCCACAGCCAGUUAGCGACAGAUCCAUAAUUGAAAGCGUCGCAGGAUUCAUCAAUGAAGUUGUACCACAGAGUUAUUCAAGUUUGCCCCUGACUGAGGCUAGAGAAGUCAUUACAUGGGCUCGAUUUGAAAAUGCAGAUAUAAAUGAUCCAGCUUUGUAUCCAGAUUCGUCUGAUGACAGGAAUGGUACUCCACCACUGCUUCUUAUAUUGGGCUAUGGAAAUGGCAUCCAGGUCUGGGCUAUUCCAGCAAGUGGGGAAGCCAUGGAAGUGCUGUCAUGGCGUCAAGGUGUUGUUCGCACGCUUCGUAUAUUACCGACACCACAAGACUCUGACCAGUUUUCUCAUAAAAGACCUCUAAUAGCAUUAUGUGACAGUGCUGGACCUGGUCCUCAUUUUUGUUCUUUAAGUUUUAUCUCAUUACGCUUUGGAGACCAGGUUAAAAGCAUCAAAUUCAAAAAUCCAGUGAGUGAUGUUCUAGCAAAUCGACGGUCUGUGGUUGUUACAUUUCCAGAACGUGUGGCUGUGUUUGAUGCAGCCACACUUGAGGAUCGGCUGACUGUCACUACAUGCUACCCGUGUCCUGGUCCUAAUCCAAAUCCAGUGGCACUGGGCCCCCGUUGGCUGGCAUAUGCUUCUAGACGCCUGUUACCUGCACGUCGAUCUUCUGGCGGCAGUGAGGGUGAUGGUGUACAGUCCUACACUGCUGCUGUUCUUCAUGCAGCAAAAUCUUUAGGCAAAGGCUUACGUGGCUUGGGAGAAACUGUCGCCAGCAGCCUGAGUGCACAACAACGUGGUGGGGCAGGUGCUGUCGGCGUCCUAACUGCACCUUCCUCUACUACUGUUGACAGUGGUCUCCAGCCAGGAAUUGUCACAAUAAUUGAUAUACAGGGAGCAGCGAGAGGCUGUGAUCGGGAGAGAAGCAACUCUGAGGAAGGUUCUACGGAGAACAUGGUUGCUCAUUUUACUGCUCAUAGUGAACCUGUUGUGGCUUUGGCAUUUGACUCUUCUGGUAUGCUGCUACUGACUGCCGACCGCCGUGGCCAUGACUUCCAUCUGUUUAGAAUACAGCCUCAUCCUUGUGGAUCAUCACUUGCUGCUGUACACCAUCUCUACACUUUGCAUCGUGGGGAUACCACUGCUAAGGUACAAGACAUAGCUUUUGCAACUGACAGCCGAUGGGUGGCAGUUAGCACACAUCGUGGCACAACUCACGUUUUUCCCAUCACACCCUAUGGUGGACCUGUUGGAACACGCACACAUGCUACUCCCCAUGUCGUUAAUAGACUGUCACGUUUCCACCGCAGUGCGGGAUUGACAGGUGAUGCGACAGCGACAGGGCGUAACAGCCCUGUGCCUGAAGCAGUUGCCUCGCCUCCACCGCCUAGUGUGCCAUAUAGAAAUCCUCGAUUGCCUCCGUAUCCUCAUCCUACUAUAGUGCAACCUUUGGCACAGGUACGGCAGCCCUCAGGGCUCCACCCAUCAUCUGCACCUGCUUCUCCAUUGCCAAUUGGACCACAGCAGACGCAGCACCACCAACAACACCAACAGCAAGGUUAUGGCCGGAAUCCGUUGGUACGCCGCACCCACUCGGCGAGUUCUGAUGAUGGGAUACCUCUCAGAGUAGCAGCUUGCUUUGCACCCCCAAGAGCAUGGCUUGCUGCUUCUCCCACUGGAGCUCGUGAAAAUCCUGGGAAGGCCAACAAACGAGCCGUAGAUUCCCUGUUUGUCAUGGCCUGUCAUGGCAGCCUUGUUGAGUACAGUUUAGAACCAAGACAUGCAUCAGCAGUUCCCAAGGAGAAGGUUUGUGAUGACACACCAAUAGAACUGAGCGUCCACGCAAAAGCUCAGUGGGUGCUCCUACGCUCAACUUUAUCUGCUGAGCUGUCUCCUCCACUACUAUCUGACAAUCCACUACUGGCACUUCCUGAACGUCCACCUCCUCACCAUAGUAGUGAUGAUGAGACAGAUGCUGAUGAACGCUGGUUGUCACAGGUUGAAAUUGUAACUCAUGCUGGACCCCAUCGUCGCCUCUGGAUGGGUCCACAGUUCACCUUCAAGACAUAUAAUGGUACACCAGGUACUCCCCUCUCUUUACUGGAGGCAGAAGCUGUGGAUAUAGGCAAUGGAACUGGAUCACGACCAGCACGAUCCAAUCCAAUGAACAUGCCCAUUUCAACUGGAGGAACGCGACCUAUAGUACCAGUGUUAAUUGAAUCGGGAUCAAGUAGUAGUUAUGAGCAGUCACCAAGAUUAAUGGAGGUGUAUGGUGGAGAUGGUGUGGAUUCAGAUGGUUCUGCAGGUCCUGGUGAAAUACAAUUAAGAGAAGAUCUAGCAGAUGCCAUGAUGGAAAGCCCCGGAGUAGCUAUUCGAGACACAGGAAGAAGAAUGGUCGUUGGAAACAGAAGCAGCCCCAUAGGCAAGAGAUGUUCAAUUCCCGUCGAAAAAAUUGUGAACCCUGUGGGAACAGUUAUAACAGUGUCCGUGCCUUCGGAUGAGGAAGGAACCACCAUGGUGUCUUAUAAAUCAGUGAGGAACGUGAAUAACAGUGCCUCUGAGGAAGAAAAUAUCAUGCAUUGGCCAACAAUAGUGAAGCCUAAUGUUCAUGAAGUAGGCGCUUGCAAUAAUGAUGCAGUUGUUGCUGUGGGUAAUAUGACUACGGACAGGGUUAACUGCAAGAAAAGUAAACAAGAAAAUAUUUCGUGUGCAUCUACUGAGAAAAAUUGUUUGCAAAUGAGAGUACAUCCAUCUGAUAAAACAUGUUUGGAAAAUGAAUUUUUGAUGAGAGAUGUGGUCCAGUCAACAAAUAACAAAAAAUCAAAGUUGAAACAAGAAUCUACAAAACAAGAAAGAAACCUUGUAGCUGGUAGUCAAAAAAAGGAAAAAAAUCACAAGCGAAUGAACUUAGAUAGUAUCACAGAAAGACAAAUGAGCACUGACAGCAUAGAUUUUAAUAUGAAAUCAAAGAAAAAUUGUGUGAUGGAUUCUCAUACUACACCAAAAUAUUGUAAUGAAGAAUGUACUAUUGAGAUGUUGGAAGUUACAGAUACUGACAGACCUGCCUUGGAGAAUGUAAAAACAAACAUUGUUGUUAAAAAAGAAAAUGAGACCUCUGAUGCAAGGAAAAAAAAAUCAGAGGCAACUCAAAAUAGACAGGCAACUGAAGAAGUUAAUGAUUCAUAUCUUGCACCUGCAAAGCAAGAAGAUAUUUUGGUACAUAGCAGUAAAGAGCAAUAUUUUUGUAACUUAAAAUCACAGAGACAGCUUGAAGACAAGUGCACACUUCCAAGUUUAGAUUUAAGAAAUUCAAGUUUUGGUGAUAUUCCCAGUUCUGUUUCUUCAUUUAAUACAGAAUUCAGCAGCAGUGUUGUGCCUUCUGCUGCCAAAGUAGGUUCUCGUAAAAGCCAGACUGAUUCCUCAAAGACAGAAACUGAGUCUCAAGUGUUGAAUCUGGAGGACAGCAAUAUUUCCACUAAUAACACUGUGGAAGUUCCUUCUCCAAAGUUAUGGAGCAAAAUUGUAGCUACACCUCCCAAAGAUAAGCAAUACUGUCAGCCAGGUAAAUCAGAUAGUUCAAGCUCAUCUACAAAAUUAGAAAAUAGUGACAGCACUACAGGGGAAGCAGUUUCUUUAAAAGCAGAAAAACAUGAUUUCACAAAUAGUUCACCACCACCUCAAAAGUGUUGGUCCCAAGUUUCUAAUGUCAAAGAAAUAAAUACUGAAAUUCUAACUCCAGAUGGAAUUACACAGAAGCAACUGGUACCCGAUAACUCACACUUUGAAGAUAUUUCUGAUCAUACCUUCAAGAAGAAAGUUGUCACAGCUUCUUUAUCUCUUAUUGACACUUCAGAAUCUAUAGAUGCUAGUAUCACACUAAGAGAUGAUAACAAUGAUUGUGUAAAAGAGCCAUCAGGGCUGGUCCCAGAUAAUUUGGAAAAAACACCCUUUCCCCAUAAGAUUGAUUCCCAGGUUGAAUCAGUGUCAGAAAGUGUAAUUUUUAAUGACGACGAAGUGGGAAGUGAUACUGGAAAUACUUCUUCACAGUCAAUAAAGAAAAGUCGCCGGUCUAAGAAAAAGAGAAGAUAACUGAAGGAAAAGUAAUAAUGAAAAAUUCUAUAAUAGUGUCUGACUUCGAUCUUGAGGUUGUGAAAGCUAAACUUGCAGUUAGCCAAAUCUGAACUGAGAUUACAUUAGUCAGAUAAAUACAGUGCCUAGGCAAUAAUGUCAGUUUAUUUGAUAGAUUUUUAUUAUUAUUUAUUUGUUGCUAUGUACUUGCAAGAGCAUGUACAUUAAACAAUGUUACAUUAUGUGGCUGUUCACUUGACAAAGAAUGUGUGAGUCUAUUCAUGAUGACUGUUGUAUCUAAUACAAUACUCAUUUGUAAAAUAAUUGUUUUUGCAGACAAUGCAGAGUAGUUAGUCACUAUAUUUAUUUUCAUGUAGAAAUAUGUUUCACUAUCACUCAUUGCAGUAUUAUUGCCAUAUUUAUUUACAGGCAGCUCUAUGAAAUAUUUACUUUAAAAGUAAUGUCUUGUUUGAAAUCUUGACAAAAAAAUUAUUUUUAUUCAAGCUUCAAUAAGUGAACUUUAAUAAUGAUACUUUUACUUUGCUGAAUUUGAUUUCAUUAUUUGAAUCAGUUUGUUGGAUUUUAUUCCAUAUUUGUGAUAUUCCAUUGUUGUUAUGUGCUAGUAUAUAAUGGAUUUAGGAAAUUUAUUAUUGUACAACAAGAAGAUUCUGAUAUCUAAAUCUCUCUGUCUAUGUGACAAACCAACAAAAUCUGUGAUCAUGUAAGUUCAUGAUAAAUGAUAUUCAGUAAGAGAAGUAUGUGUGUGUGUGUGUGUGUGUGUGUGUGUGUGUGUGUGUGUGUGUGUGUGUGUGUGUGUGUGUGCGCGCGCGCUCUCUCUUAAACUGUUAUCUUGUAUAAGAUGUGUUCAUUGUAUCAUCUAUGAUAUGAGUGGUGAAUCUUAUUUUCUUUGUCAUCUUAAACAUACCCAUAUCAGCAAGAGAUUAAUUUAGUUUGGAACCUAUAAGAUAAUGCCUAAAAUUUCUACACGUGCUCUGAGCAAGUCAUCCAAGAGUCUUGUGUGCCAAAAUUUUUUAUUCCUGAAUGAAAGAGGUUAGAAAACAUUUGGUAAGCACUGAAACUUGUGAUACAUGACAGGAAAGAGAGAAAACAAUUUUAUGAGGAAACAUAGUUGUAGCAGUUUCAUAAUUACAUAACUGUGUACUAUUGUAAUACUGACACGCAGCAGUAUAGAUGGUACAAAAUUUUUGUACUCUCCACUGGAGUAUGUGCUGUGUGACAAGUCACAACUGCUGAAUUCGCUAUCAGGACUUCGAUGUACACAUGUUGCCUGUGGGCAGUGCUUUUCCAAAAACAAUUCAGUCAAGUUUGACUCAUGGAUAGUGCAAACUUCUCUUUUUUAUAGUGAAAGCUCCAGCUUUUAGAUUGGACAUGUGGUCUGUUUAGAUGGUCCAUGAAAGACUGUGUCAAAGUUUGAGUCCCAGGCUGGACACAAUUUUCUUGCAACUGUGUAACAAGACGUUAUUGAUGUACAGAAAUUUAUGAAAGCAUGAACUGAUGGGUAAGAAAUAAAUUUUAUCAUUGCUGUAGUCCAUCACAAGAAUCUCAUUAAUAUUAAAGUACAAAAACAUAUUUUUAUAGGUCCUCAUAUUUCAACAGAUAAAAGAAUUUUUGAAGUGUGUGGUCAAUUUUCACUUCUGGACAUAUUUCUUAUUGUAUAUUUAGAGUCAUUCAUAUUCUUAGUGGCUGGAACAUGCAGAAUUAUUGUGUGAAAUGCUCUCUAAUGUGCAAUGCAAAAGACAUUGUUUAAGUUCUGGUUUUAGUAUUUCUUUUAUAUUCAUUCUUCGAUGAAUGAGUGAAGCUACAGCACCAAAAAUUAGCUAAAAUUGCACUAGUUUCUAGGAUAUUCUGCCCAUGAGCAGAACUGGAUGAACUAUGCUUAUGAUAUCAUUUUCAUUAUCUUCAACUUUGAUAAACAUCUUUUGCAUCUAUUAUCUCCACAUCUCACUGGGAUGUUGCUGGUUUAAAGCCACAUAAUUAAAACUUUGCCUUUUUAUUACUGGAAAAAAAAUAAAGAGCAGUUAGUUUUUGCCUAUAGUCUUUCAUAGAGAACUGGAACCUACAGUAAGUAGGAAAUCAAGUAAUUAUAAAAUCAAAAGCCUGUCUGGAACUGUGUGGCCCCCAACUUAAUGAACACAUUUGUGAAUUCAUAUUACAGGGUCAGAAUUUUUUCCUAAACUAAUGAUAAUAUUUACUAAAAUAAACUAAACAAGAUUAAAAAGGAGAAAAUGGUAAAAUUGUAUGGUAAAAUAUCACAGAAAGUACAAAUGAAUGUUAAAAGCUGAACAGCAGAAAAUGGGAGCCUGUGAAGUGUAGGAAAUGCAACCAAAAGGAAAUAAAUAGUAAUAAUAAUAGUAAUGCUAGAUAGAAGUAGUGCUGAGCUGCAAACAGGCUUGUAGAAAAGGCUGACCAGCAGCUACUCUUGGACAAAGUCAGUUUAGAGUGGCAGAAUGCAGUUCUGUCAGUCGUCAGUGGUUGUGUGUGUGUGUGUGUGUGUGUGUGUGUGUGUGUGUGUGUGUGAGAGAGAGAGAGAGAGAGAGAGAGAGAGAGAGAGAGCACUGUGAAGGAUGUUGUCCAGAAGCUUAGCUGUUAGUCAUCCUUUUCGGCAUCUCAGUCUGCCACUCAUUACGCCUUCUAUUUGGUGUGUAAUGAUGUAUAUUAACAUGUGUAGUUGUAUUCCAGCCAAACAAACUAACAUUCAGUUGUACUGCUGGCUGCUGGUGUCCAAAUGGCACAGUGCUUCAGCGAUUGAUCCUGUCACUAUCAUCAGGUGCACUGAUGAACUUACUUCCUGGUAACUUGAGGGCAGUGGGAGGAGAAAGGAUCAAGCAUACUCAUGUCACCACCACCACCACCACCACCCACCCCUCCCACUCAUUGUUUCAUCUGUUGUCCCCUACAAGAGGCGCACUGAUAUAUCAACUUCUGCAGUUUAUAGCAUUUCAUAGUGCUGGUACACUGGCUUGCGUCUGGGACCAGAUGGCACACAGAGCAAUGGACAGGCACCCUGAGCCACCAAGUAGUCAUUUCAUCAGCAUGCCUGAUGAUAACAGAGUUGCUCAUAAAAGUAUUGUGCCCUUUGUACACUUAAAAACCAGGAGAACACCCAUAUAUUAUUUCAUUAUAAAGUUCACUGGCAGAACAAUCACAUAUUCCAGCCUUGAUUUUCCAGUGAUUGAAUAUUAAAAUUAUUAGAGUGUAGGUGUAUUUUCUGUGUGAGAUAUCAAAAGUACUGGAAGAUCCAGAUAACACCAGAGAACAGAGUCAAUAUGUUACAUAAAACAUAUAGGCAUAAAUAACAUUCAUACAGUUGCAGAGUUAGUUGGAGAAACAGGCAACCAUCCACGCAUUAAAGUUCUAAUGCGCCCUGGAGGCAAGGUGUUUUUGGGAAGAAAGCAAUUAAAAUUGCCCUGUUUUAAUGUUUAACAUGAUAUGUGAAAACACAGCAUAUUCCUGGGAAAUUCACAGUUAACAGUAGUAGCGUAGAAAAAAAAAUUUAGCCAAAUAAACAAUUUUGUCCAUAUCUCAGUAGCUUUUUUUUGUAACAGUAGAUUUUUCAAUAUUAUACACUGUCUUAAGUUAUAAAAAUUCUUUAUUUUUAUUUGCUGUGGAUUGACAGAGCAACAAUGAUUGUCAGUUCCAACACAGUAUCUUUAUUGA